AAACUCUGCCUGUCAUAUUUAUAUACAAUGGUCAAUUUAAUUUCUUCAACUGAAAUUUAAAUCAAGUAAUUUUGGCAUUAAGAUUUAUUUAUUUUAUUUAUACAAUGUAAUAUAGUAGUUUUUUUUUCUAUUCAAUGGCAUAGAAUCAAUUGUUCUGUGAUUUUACAAGCAAGGUGGGUAAGGUACUUUACCGAAUAACCUUUUUGUUACAUUGUUUUUAUAAAUAUGAAUUUAGAGGACGAUAUAGAACUAAGUGAUGAAGAAGAAGAAAUCACAGCAGAUACUGUAUUAAAAUCAAUUCAAAGUGCUUGGCAGAACGAACGUUUGGCGCCAGAAAUACUUCCACACCGGAAUGAUAUGGUUGAAUGUAUGCUUGGACAAAUACAGCACAUGGAGAGGAAUAUUAACAAAUUACCUAAAACAGAUCUUCGUGCUUCUAUUCACAAAAUGGAGCUUAGUAGAAUUAAAUUUAUUAUAUGUAAUUACCUUAGAACUAGGCUAAACAAAAUUGAAAAACAUUGUAUUCCAAUUCUAAAUGAAGAGAAACAAAGAAUAGAAUCUGGUACAAAUUAUCUAACAGCAUCAGAAUAUAAAUAUGCUCAAGAAUAUUUGUUAAACAUGCAAAAUCAUUUGAAAACAGUUGUUUUAAAUAAAGUACCAAAUAAUAUGCAGACAUUUGAAACAAGUAAAAUGGCUGUUUAUCCAAAUUUACAGACCCAUGUAUUUUUACAAGCAAAUGAGACUGUUAAUGGAGUGGUGUUAGAGGAUAUAUUUGGAGAUCAAGAUGAAGAAAUUGAUUUGGAAGAGGGAUCACAGCAUAUCCUGCAGUAUAAACCUGUGGCAGAUUUAGUUAAAAAUGGAAAAGUUCAGUUAAUAUGACAAAAGCUUGUAAUGUAAUUAAUGUUACUAUUUAAAUAAUAAUUGUAAAUUGAUUGAUUUCUGAGGUCCACAUUCAUACAAAUAAUAUUCAUAUAAUUGUGAGUAUUUUAAAUUAAACUGUAACUAUGUAUAAGUGUUAUUUUUAUAUUUUGUAAAAUAUAUGUUAUAAGACAAUCU